GGAAACGCUAGUACAAAUCUCCGGAAUAGUUUCCUGCUGGUCGGCCACCAGAGAGGCGACAGAACUACGGUGGGUGUGACGUCACUGCCAAGUCAGUCUGCCUCGAUGUCCAAGAGCCCCCAUGGAUGACCUCACCCGAGCCCUCUCGGCCAGCUUUGCUGUGUCCAAGGAGCCCAACAGCACAGCUGCCCCGCACCCUCGGCUGUCUCAAUACAAAAGCAAGUACAGCGUGCUGGAGCAGAGCGAGCGGCGCCGGCGUUUCCUUGAACUGCAGAAAAUCAAAAGGUUCAACUACGUCAACCAUGUGCGGUGUCUGGCCGAUGGCGACUGGACAGGGGAGGGCAGCGAUGGGGAGCAGGACAUGGAGAAACAGCAGGACGACGAAGAGGCGAAGGGGAAACGGGAGCAAGAUGCCAACGGUGAGGAAGAAGAAAUGGAGAUUGAGAGAAGAAAGCUGCCAAGGCAUUACGCCAACCAGCUCAUGUUGUCAGAAUGGUUGGUGGAUGCCCCAGCAGAUCUGGAUACUGAUUGGCUGAUGGUCAUCUGUCCCGUUGGGAAAAGAUCCCUCAUCAUUGCCUCCAAGGGUUCCACUGCGGCGUACACAAAAAGUGGCUACUGUGUGAACCGUUUUCCCUCCUUGCUGCCAGGUGGGAACCGCCACAACUCAGCCAUGGGAAAAGACUACACCAUCCUGGAUUGCAUUUACAGCGAGAUGGACCGGACUUUCUACAUCCUGGACGUCAUGUGCUGGAGAGGCCACCCUGUCUAUGACUGCCCGACUGAUUUCCGUUUCUACUGGCUCCAGUCUAAAGUACAGGAGACUGAUGGCCUGGAGGAGAUCGCCAAACGAAAUCCUUUCCGCUUCGUGAGCCUCCAGAGCACUGACUGCACAGCAGCGUCCAUCCACAGAGCCCUGGCAGCUGAGUAUAGCUUCACCGUGGACGGUCUCCUUUUCUACCACCGGCAGACUCAUUAUACACCAGGCAGCACCCCGUUGGUGGGCUGGCUGCGCCCCUACAUGGUCGCUGACAUAUUGGGGGUAGAAGUGCCCCUUGGACCUCUCACUACUAAACCAGAUUACGCCAGCCACCAGCUGCAGCAGAUCCGGGAGCACAAGAAAACCUCUAGCGAGGUGCGGCCGGCCAGCAGGGACGGCGGCUACGAGCUGGAGCACCUGUCGACGCCCACCAAAGACAACGGCCACAACCACAGACCCAUCCAGGAAGCGCAGAUGGAGGGCUGAUCUCAUUACUUGAUAUUUACUGACUCACUGGCGCUGCACCGUUUUAAUUAGAACGUCUUCCCGAAAACUCCCGCGGAUCGCAAGUCUUUUUAAAAGGGCACCACCCAGGAUUACAAUGUUCUAUUUAUCUUCUGUUACCUUUAGGAGUUGUAAAGGUGGAACAGGGGGAUUUUCAGUAAAUCUCCAUGGGAAUUAAAUGUUUUGUCAUAAGACAUACUUGCAAAAUAAUGCUCUUUAAAAUGACAUAUUUCAGCAGUAAAAUGUUUUAAAUGUUAUCGAACAACCAAUUCUUUCUUUAAAGAACAUAAAUAAAUAUUAAUAACCCCCCUUAAGCUAAGCAAUAAAAAAAUGAAAAUAUCAACAUUCAAAAAUGGCUCAAUCCUCAAGAUUUUCUAGCAUAUGGCACAUAUCUAGCACAUUUUUUUU